AUGGUGGGAGAGUAUUUGAGUAACCAAUACCUUUAUUGGGAUAGUCCGUUGCUGCUCAUUGAAGUCACGUCAGAGCUUGAACGAGUUCGACCUCAUUUCUACGGCGAUCAAUCUGCCCUGUCGGCGGCGCACAUGAAGAUGGAUCACUUGAGAGGAUCUGACAGAGCAGUGCGGUUCCGGUGGAUGGCCCAUUUGGCGUGGCCACUCCUAGCACUAAUCGACGGGCCACCGACGUCGCCCACUGCUUGUGGAGUUGACCAGACGAAAGUGGAGAACAGCAGCGUGGGUGGAACAGAGCGGUACUGCGUUGGCAGCGACUUCUUGAAAUCGCUGCCUUCGAUGAAUGCCGCAGCUGUGAUCUUGUAG